CGGGCGCGGGCAGCUCUUUCCUCCAGCGCGUCCGUAGAAUGUGAGCAGAGCCCGGGAGAGAAACGGCAGCCGCCUCUUCGGGACACGGGGGUCUCCUUUGCCGCCAGGCUCGGCCAGAGCGGAUCUCCCGGGCUGUCAGUCCGCGGCGGCCGCAACAUGAGGCUCCAGCUGCUCCUUUUGACCUGCUUCUUGAUCCUGACCGGGGUGCUCCUCGGCAACGGGCAGAGGCCAGCUAACCUGUCCUUGAGGCGAAAGCUCCACCGACAGCACUGUUCCCACAGGAGAUGCAUGCCCCUGCAUUCCAGAGUGCCCUUUCCCUGAGUUUGUGUCUACUGCCGGGAAGAGGAGCCAUGUGGAGGAGGCCAAACGACAGCAUUCGAUAGCUUCGCAGUUGUAAUCUAUGCAGGUGUCCUAAAAACCAUCAUCAGGAAGCAUUCAAAAAACCCUUAUCAAGAAGGCUUUGGAACAGCUUCACAGGAGUUUUGGGUUUCUCGAAGCAGGGAGAAAACAAUGAAGAACAAAGUGAUCCUGUCUGGAAGCUCUGGAAAAUCAUCAGUGCAAUAUGAUAGCCGGCAUUCUUCUCUACACAUCAGUACAGCACUCGGAGAUGAAAAGCAAACUUUGAACAAUUAUGGGAUCAUUUAAAGAACUGUUGGUAUAUUAAUAGUGUUAUAUUCAUAUCUUUCACUCAGUUAAGACUAACACCAAGUUCACAGUAUAGCACAGUAAAAUAUGGAGCAAUUGUUCCACACAUAAUGCAGAUACUGCUUCAUGUUUAGAAUGCAUAUUGAAUGUUGUAAGGCAUCCAUUAGUCAAACAACCUUGCCAUUAUCAUAACACCAGAAUGAUAUCUAUUGGCUUGGCUAGGUAGCUACUUGUUUCCUAGCAGAAAAUUCUUAAAUACUGAUUAACCUCCAAUGUAAUGUCUUAACGUUAGAACCUUACUUUGGAAUUCCACUUAGGCCAA